AUGUACCCAUCUCUCCCCCUCGCCCACUCUGUCCAGCUCAAAGAGGAAUACAAGAGUGUCAAGAUGUUGUUAGAUGCCUUGAAAUAUGAAGAGUACCGCUGGAAGGUUAUAGGAGACUUCAAAAUGGUGGCUUUCCUGAUGGGUCUCCAAAGCGGCUUUACCAAUUUCUCCAAGGCCUCUCGGUGUCUGGCAGACAGCUUUGGCAGACUCAGGGUGGAGACAAAUGAGGCAAGACGGUGCAAGCCGUUGCGUGAACUGCACCAGAGGAUGAUAAUUAUGAGAAAUAGGAUAACCAGGAAAAUGAUGUCAAUGCAGUUCGGCAAUGUUCUAACACGCAAGAUCAAUGGUCGGUUUGGGGCGAGCGGCGUGGCGGUCUUCAACUUCAUUGGGGAUCUUUUGGUUCUUAACUUUGUCAUCGGCGUGCUCAUGUUGUGCACAUUUGGAUUACCUUUCGUCACGGAAGUCAUUCUAAAAGACAAGUACAGUGAUUUAGUGAUGGCCGGCUGGAAGGCACGUACUCCUAAUGCUUCUGACUACAGGUCUCCCUCUAACUCCUUCGCCCCUCUCCCUUCUAGUCCUACCGACAAGAGGUUCUGCUUCUACUUUGAACCCACCUUCGACAACAACAUGGUAAUAUCUGGUCUAGAUAAGUCACCAACCUUCUUACUCGAAAGAGGGAAGGUUCCAUGUGUCACUGUUGUACAGAAGUGCUCCGUAAUCUACUUCAGCAAGCACAACCAAGACAGCUUUUCUACUCCUCCCCUCGUGUCACAAGUACUGCUGGGCAAGGGAUUUGUGGAGUACUCGCCACUCUUCCUGGGAUGCUACCCUGCCACCUUGCACAACUCUUGGUACCCAUGGGCGUCUGUUCACUUGACAGCUGUGGGAUCCGUGUUCGCUGUGUCAUUAGUGACCGUAUUGACACGAGUGGGUCAGUGGCUUCGCUACAAUGCCUUUGUUUCGGGGGGCCUCACUUUUUCGAAGAUGGUCUUCUGCGGGUAUGAUUUCUCUCUUACAGACAAACACUUCAUAACAACAAAGCAAAGAAUUCUGAGAACUGAAAUUCGUGCUGCUCUUGACGAAGAUGAAUUUCAACGAGGUAAAAAUUGCAAGACUCCUUCCGAAAUGGCAAGGCUGCACAUCAAGAGAAUCGUGGUAAACUGUGUGAUCUGUCUGGUGGUGGCAGCAGGAUGCUUGGUAAUCGUAUUGGUCGCCAAACACAGUGUGGCACUGAUAGAAAGCAUAAACUUAAAUGACCCUCGGCUGGAAGAUAUGGCACUUUUUCUCAGCUUCUUGGACACCCUGACUGUGUGGUUGCUGGGGCUAGUGCUGCCGCCACUGCUGUCCUCGCUGGGCUCAAUAGAGGAAUACAGUAGUCGAGUUACGUUGUUGCUCUUCAUCCUCCGCAAUGCCACGUUUCGUUUCAUCUCUAUCGGUACGCUCGUGGUAUCCCAGCUGAGCAUGAGUGGGCACAACUCUUCAUGUCGCAGCGACACGCCAUGCUGGGAAACGGCGCUUGGUCAAAAGCUGUACGCUCAAGUGGUGUGGGACUUCCUGAUGAGGAUAGUGAGGAUGUUACUGCUGCUUGUCUAUAGGAUUCUGACGAUCCCAUGCGCUCUAUGCAAUGACACAUAUCUGCCAACAUUCGAUGUAUCAGAGAAGGUGCUGGACGUGCUAUCGUUGCAGACGCUAUGCUGGUUGAGCGUGCCCGUGGCGCCGCUAGUACCGGUGCUGGUGUUUGCAUCUCUGCUGGUGAUGUGGCUAUUAGAGAUGGCGGCGGCACUGCUAGCCUCCCGACCUGCUACACAUGUCAUCCAAGUGUCCCGCUCUUCCGCCAUGUUCAUGGUGGUGUUAACGGUAGCCUGGGUCGCUGGUGCUGCCCACGCUAUUGCUGUGUUGGUUUUCUUGCGGCCUUCCCUUGGCUGCGGACCUUUCCGAGGACUCGAAGGUGCCUGUGAUGCCUUCACGUACUCCUUGUGUGUGAUGGAUGGGGUCUGGACGUGGCUCAGGUAAGAUAAAAUUACAGUUGUCAUCAAGGCUUUAAAAAUAACAAUACCUAAAUAAAGAAAAAGGAUAGCUCCCAGCAUGUUGUACAGCAAUGAUACUAACCAUCAAUAGUUCGUUUCAGCGUCAUUGAUGUCACAAUAUUUUCCAUGCCCCAGGACGAUACUUCUCAGUCUAGCUGACCCGACGGUACUGUGGACCACUGUCGCUUUCAUGAUGUUACCUGCCACUUAUUACCUGGUGCUGCUGCACUGCCGCCAGGACACCAUCGAGGCACUGGGGAGGCGCUUGAAGGAUGUCUCUGUCAAUAAGCAAUUUCUGAUGAAAACGCAAAGACGGAUUAACUUAACAAAAGGGUCACUCCCAGUGCAAAAGGACACCACCACCACCAUCAACAAGAGUAACAGCAUAAGCAACAACAGCAGCACCAGCACCAGCAACAGCAACAACAACAAAAACAACAACAACAACAACAACAACAACAACAACAACAACAACAACAACAACAACAACAACAACUAACAGUAGCAUCAUCAACAACAAUAACAAAGACAAUCACAACAGUGAUUAGACCAACAGUAGAAAUGACAAUAGCAAUAAUGUUUACUGAAACUAGGCUAUGACGCUGCAUCCUGCACAAUAAUGUAUACCAUUGCAGUGAUCGGUAUGUUUGGUCUGUUCAGACUUAGG